CAAAAAAUCCCCUCCUUUUUAUAGUUUCUCUCUCCCAAUACCUAACCCUCUUUCUCUCUCUAUAUAUUUAGCCUCGCUUUGUUGGCGGCUAAAACUCUCUCUCUCUAAAAUCCGUUGUCUCCGCUCUCUCUUCUAGGGUUUCUUUCUCUCUCCUCCCAUAAACCCUUUCCAAAAUCUUCAGGGUUUCACUACUCCUCCUCCUCCUCCUCCUUUUGAGAGAUUUAUCUUUUUCUUAUGGCUGCUGGUGCUCCUCCUGUUGAUCAAGCUGCAGGCUUGCUGCAGAAUUUGUCAUUGGAUUCUCAGAAUAGGAAUCUUGAAAUUACAGAGCCAAAAAAGAAGCCUUCUGUGGACUCAAAAGACGUGGGAAAUGGUCAGAUCCAGUCCAUGAAUCGGUCUGUGACCCCUCUGUUGCCGGAAUUCAUAGAUCCGAAUUUUUGCUAUCUUCCUAAUGGUUAUCCCUCUACUGCAGCAUACUAUUAUGGACAUACAAGUUUCAAAAGUACUACAACCACAAACGUUAUGGCAUGUUUAAGACCACAAGGAUAUGAUGCUUCUGGUAAUGAGUGGGAGGACUAUUCAAGAUAUUUAAAUCCGGAUGGAGUUGAGAUGGCUGUAAGUUAUUCUGCUUGAAUUCUUGCUACAACGUUAAAUGUGUUUAUCUGUUUGCUGUAUUAAUUUUUGUGUCAUGGAAAUUCUUUGUUGCUGUCUAUAGUU